GAUAAAUUGUAGGCGUACAUAUAUAUAUAUAUAUAUAUAUAAUUAUUUAAAAUAUAAAAGGCAAUUAGUCCAAUAGCAUAUUGUUAAUGUAUGUUCCUAUUUUACUAGCAAAUUUUAUAUUUAGGGGCAUAUUAUGGUAACAAUGGGUUAUUCGAAAAAGGUGUACAUUUUAUUUUUUUCAAUUUUUAUUCUUAAGGUAAGUUGUAUAAGUGAUGACGAAAUAAAUGAAUUUGCAACCCAUCUACAAGAUGACAUAAAAAAAGCUCAAAAUGGCAAACUUGCAACAGAUAACUCAAAAUUUAAACCUGAUAAAGAUGAGGAACCAGAAGAUUUUGGAGAAUAUGAUUUUAUUAUAGUCGGAUCUGGCGCAACAGGGUCGACUUUAGCUUAUAGACUGUCAGAAGAGAAGAAGUUUAAAAUAUUGCUGUUAGAGGCAGGGGGCUUUCCAGACAACUUUACUUCAGUCCCGUUUACCAUAGAUUUAAGUCAUUUUACAAAGUUUAAUUGGGGAUAUAAAAGUGUUCCACAAAAAUAUUCAUGUUUAGGAAUGAAUAAUGCAGAGUGUAUCAUUCCAAGAGGCCAAGGUUUGGGUGGCACAACUUUGAUUAAUGGGCUUAUGUACGUAAGAGGCUACCCAACGGAUUACAUUAAAUGGGCUAAUAUGGGAAAUCCUGGAUGGUCCUAUAAAGAUGUAUUGCCAUUAUUUAAAAAAACUGAAGAAAUGGUAAAAAACAACCCUGAAGCUCAGGUAUAUUGGCCAGUUCAUGGAAAAAAUGGUCCACUACAUACAGAAUAUUACCCUACUACCGAUCCACAAUUAACUGGUUGGUAUAAUGCUCAAAAAUCGUUAGGUUUUUCCUUUUCGGAUCCAAAUGGUCCAUGGCAAAUUGGAUAUGGCCCGAAACCUGUUCAAAUUAAACAUGGUAGAAGGUUUGACUGUGGAACAGCUUUUGUCUUGCCAGUGUUGGAUAGACAAAAUUUAAAAGUACAAACUCACAGUUUGGUUACUAAGAUUUUAUUAGAGAAGUCAUCUGCAGAGGGUGUAUUAUUUUCAUAUAACCGCAAAAUAUAUAAGGCCAAAGCAAAGAGAGAAGUAAUAGUAUCUGGUGGAGCUAUAAAUUCACCUCAGCUUUUAAUGCUUUCUGGAAUUGGUCCAGAACAUCAUUUAACGGAAAAAAAUAUUAAAGUAAUAAAAAAUCUACCUGUUGGUAAAACUUUUAAGGAGCAUCCUGCUUACUAUGGAUUAGUGUUUAGUUCAAAUUACAGCGAGCCUGUAAAAACUUUUAAUGAUUAUGUUAGGGAUUUAUUAGUUAAUGAAAAGGGACCUUUAACAGUACCCGGGUCAUUUAAAGGAAUGGCGUUUUAUAAAUCAAAGUACGAAAAACUUCCAACCACACCUGAUAUGGAAUUUCUAUUUACCGGUGCUAACUGCUCCACGCCAUUCAUGAAAAAAGGAUUUAAUUUAAAAGAAGAAACAUACAAUGCAAUUUAUGCACAGGUUGAACCAAAAAGUUGUUUUCAAAUUAUACCGGUUGCCCUUCAUGUAAAAUCUAACGGUUUCGUUAGGCUUGAAACUGAUAGUCCUUAUGAUUUUCCUUUGAUAAAUCCUAAUCAUUUAGCUGAAAAAAUUGAUGAAGAUACACUUUACGAAGGAAUAAAACAAAUUCUAAAAUGGAUUGAAACCAAACCCUUUCAAAAAAUUAAUGCCAAAUUAGGUGUUGAACCUCUACCAGCCUGUAAAAAACACGAAUUUAAAUCAAAGGAUUACUGGUAUUGCACUUUGGGUCAAAUAACGUACAACAUGUACCAUCCUGUUGGUUCCAAUCCAAUGGGUCCCAAUCCUAAGACAUCAGUUGUCGACCAUGAGUUGAAAGUACAUGGAAUUAAAAACUUAAGAGUUGCUGAUGCCAGCGUCUUUCCAUUUACAUUAUCAGGACACCCAGUGGCUCCUUGCGUUAUGAUCGGUGAUAAGUUGGCCGAAUUAUUAAAAAGUUAUUACAAAUAAUGAAAAUUCAAAUUAUUAUGUACUUAAUUAUUAUAAAAAUAAAUACUUAAAAAGUUUA